AUAGACGCCGUUUGAAUAACUAAAAGGAAAAAAUGUCUUAGUAAUUAAGAAAAGGAGAGGAAAAUAAAAGGAUUGAAAAUGUUUUAUUUUGCACUGGAAACUUGAAAAGCCAAUCUGGAGUGGAAAACACAAUCGAAAAAUGGCAAGCAACAGAGACGACUCCCUUUCAUACACCAACAACCUCUCAUCAUCUUCCUCUCCAAUCACAGUUUCUGACCAUCUAGACCCCUCUUUCCUCGCCGACCCUUCAAGCUCUCUCUUUGGCAGUGCUUCCAAUAGCUACCAAAACGACUCUGUUUUCCUCGCUGAUUCUACUACGACCAGCGGCAGUGAUGCAGAGAUUGGGUUCACUAGACCUGAUUUCAGACAAAGCCCACUUGCUGGGACUGUACAGUUGUAUCACCGCCACGUCUUCUUGUGUUACAAGAACCCUUCUGUUUGGCCACCUAGGAUUGAGGCUGCUGAGUUUGAUCGUUUGCCUAGGCUGCUCUUCGCUGCUGUCAUGGCUAGGAAAGGAGAUAUGAAGAACGAGACCCGCUUAACAAUAUGUGAGGGGCAUGAUGGAACUGAGACAUCAAAUGGAGAUGUGUUAAUCUUCCCAGAUAUGAUCAGAUACAGGAGAUUGACGCAUUUUGAUGUCGACACCUUUGUUGAGGAAGUGCUUGUGAAGGAUGGUGAAUGGUUGCCUGGAACUCCUGAAAAAUUAAAGGGUUCUUAUGUUUUUGUAUGUUCUCAUGGGUCCCGAGAUCGUCGCUGUGGUUUUUGUGGACCUGUUUUGGUUAGUAAAUUCAAAGAGGAGAUAGAAUUACAUGGUCUCCAAGGUAAAGUAUCCGUCAGCCCGUGCUCACACAUUGGAGGGCAUAAAUAUGCAGGAAAUGUCAUUAUAUUUGGAUCAAGUUUCAAAGGAGCUGUCACUGGACACUGGUACGGGUAUGUCACACCAGAUGACAUACAAAUAUUACUCGAGCAGCAUAUUGGGAAGGGUGAGAUUGUAGACCGGCUGUGGAGGGGCCAGAUGGGUUUAUCAGAAGAAGAACAGAUUAAAUCCCACGAACUUAGGCUCCAACAGAAUGGCGGGACUAUAGAAAACAGUAAAGAGAUUACACAAAGACCGGUAGACAAAUCAAACACUAGCUCGAGUAGGUCUGAUGUUGUUUCUACAGGCUGUUGUCAGCAAAAUGGAAGUUCAUCCUGUUGCCAAAACCCUGUCUUACCAGAGAAGGAUAUUGUAGAUGCCAAUGAGAGGACAGCCAAGGUGACACCUGAAAAGAAGAAGAGCAACAAGAAACCACUAUCCCGGAUCAACAGCAGUAAGGGAUCAUCUGCACGGAAGGUUUGUGCUAUGCCAACUUGGUUUGAGAGCUGGGAGCGUGAGGAUACAUACGCAGCUCUUGCUGUUGUUUGUGCUGUAGUGUCGGUUGCUGUUGCUUACAAGUGCUACAGACAGCUGUGAUAGAACUUCAAAAUCCAGUGUGUGGCUAGUUUCCCCUUUCUUGUAUCCAAUGCUUGUAAUAUCUAUUUCAGGGGCGAAGGAAUUCAGCCUGAACCCCGCAGGACCAGAUGUGUACAGACGUGUGAAUUAAUUUCCUUCAUCUUCUCGAUUCCCAAACUUGGAUGUUCAUGUUGAAAUGUGCAUAUGAUCAAUACAAGGUCCUUCAGCUUCGAAU